GUCAGAGUUGAAAGGUCGUCUGAAACAUGGCUGCUCCCGUGGAUGACAUGUUUUCCUUCUGCGUGGACCCCGGCAAAGUGUCCAGCUGUGUGGAAGUCAGAUUUAUCGACAAUGUCAAGGGCAAGGGUCUCUUUGCCAAAAGGAGCAUAAAGAAGGGAGAAACCAUUUUCAUUGAGCGGCCGCUCGUCUCUGCCCAAUUCCUGUGGAACACUUUGUAUAAAUAUAAAGCCUGUGAAUACUGCUUACGUGCUUUGGAGACUGCAGAGGGGAAUGCGAGAAGACUCAGCGGCAUCCCUGGACUCAGCCUUCCUCAUCCGGAGCUGUGCCGUGUACGCCCAGAACAGCAUCAAGCAUGCCCUCAGUGCCAGGCCAAAGAUAAAGCACACUUGCAGAAGCUGUUUACUCACUUCUGCAGCCGGACAGCCAACGAGGAAGAGGAGAUCGCCCAUAAGCUCCUAGGAGAGCAGUUCAGAGGGCAGCUGGCCUUGCUGCACAGCCUUUUUACAGAAGCACUUUAUGACGACCGUCUCGGCCGGUGGUUUGUCCCUGAGGGUUUCCGCUCUCUGUUUGCUUUGGUGGGGACCAACGGACAAGGCAUCGGCACCAGCUCGCUGAGCCAGUGGGUUCAUGCCUGCGAUGCACUUGAGCUUCCUGCCCAGCAGAGGGAGCAUUUGGACUCUUUUAUUGACCAGCUGUACAAGGACAUUGAAAAAGAAACCGGAGACUUUCUGAACUGCGAGGGGUCUGGACUCUUUCUGCUUCAAAGCUCAUGUAACCACAGCUGCAUACCCAACGCAGAGGUGUCGUUCCCCGACAACAAUUUCCUCCUUCACCUCAGUGCCCUCUGUGACAUCAACCAGGGGGAGGAGAUUUGCAUCAGUUACUUGGACUGCUGUCAGCGGGACCGAAGCCGACAUAGCAGACAUAAGAUUCUGAGGGAGAACUACCUGUUUGUCUGCUCGUGUCCAAAGUGCGUCUCCCAGAUGGAGGAAUUGGAUGUGACAUCCGAGGAGGAAGAGGAGGAAGAAGGUGUGGCAGAAGGUGAAACGGAGGGAGAUGAGAUGGAAGAUGAGAUGACAGAUGUCUGAUGAAAGACUUGACCAUAUUGUUCUCAGCCGCCUCCCAUUCCUGCCACCACGCUCAGCACCCAUAAAGCCCGGAAGAAUUAAGAACCAGUCCAGACUAAGAUCUGCAUUUCACUGGUGUCUCGAUGUGUGUCGAAAACGGCCUGUUGGCAACACAUUUCACCCAGUGCUUAUUUUAGAGACCAGUCACAGAAAUUGUGUGCUGUACAUGUCUGUGUGUGUUUCUUUGUGGCUCCACUUCAGCACAUGGGUGGUUUACAGAACAAAGAAAACGCCAUUUAAACCCACGGGGACUUAAAACUGUCAAAUUGAUGUUUCGGAGCUCCUUUUAAAAUUAUUUGAACUGCA